AUGCAAGAAGUACCGAAGCAAAGAAGCAAGAAGCACCAAAGCAUAGAAGCAAGAAGCACCAAAGCACAGAUGCAAGAAAGCACCAAAGUACGCAAGAAUGCACUGAAGCAGAGAAGCAAGAAAGCACUGAAGCAGAGAAGCAAAAAGCACCAAAGCACAGAUGCAAGAAAGCACUAAAGCAUGCAAGAAGCACCGAAGCAGAGAAGCAAGAAGCACCGAAGCAGAGAAGCAAGAAAGCACCAAAGCACAGAUGCAAGAAAGCACCAAACAGAGAAGCAAGAAGCACUGAAGCAAAGAAGCAAGAAAGCACUGAAGUACAGACACAAGAAAGCACCGAAGCACAGACACAAGAAAGCAUCAAAAAAGCACCAAAGCACACAAGAAGUACCGAAGCAGAGAAGCAAGAAGCACUGAAACAAAGAAGCAAGAAGCACCAAAGUACAGACGCAAGAAAGCACCAAAGUACGCAAGAAUACACUGAAGCAGAGAAGCAAGAAAGCACCAAAGCAGAGAAGCAAAAAGCACUGAAAGAAGCAAGAAAGCAUCAAAGCACGCAAGAAAGCACCAAAGCACGCAAGAAGCACCAAAGCAGAGAAGCAAGAAGUACUGAAGCAGAGAAGCAAGAAAGCACUAAAGCACAGAUGCAAGAAAGCACUGAAGCACAGACACAAGAAACAAGAAGUAUCAAAGCAGAAAAGCAAGAAAGCAUCGAAGCAGAGAAGCAAGAAAGCACCAAA